UUCGUCCAUCCCUUCUCCCCUCCCCUCCUUGUUCUCUCUCUCCUUCUCUCUUUCCUUCUCUUCUUUCCAUGGCUUCCAGUUAGUUCCAGAGGCUAAGCGAGGCGAAGAGAGGGUGAAAAGAGCAACAGCAUUUGAUUCCCCAAAAGAAUUUGCACAAUAGGAUCAUUUCUGCAUUCCGGGAUGGGAAUUACAUUUACAUGCCCUGGACGUGAUGCUUUUGAUGAGGGCUUAGAUGCUCUUAUUAUGAGAUCCAUCAGCUUCAAAGGUGAUGAUGAUAAGCCACCUUUGAAAUCCUUUAGUUUCAAUGGCCGUGAUACUGAGUCUUCCAUUCUCAAAGCAUUUGGCUCUGGAAAAUUGAUUAUAGAAGGAUCUCUAAAUCUUGAUAUGAAGGAGAUGGAGAUUUCGAUUAAGAAUCCAGCUUCUUCAGAGAAUGAGAAUUCUCUGAACUACAUUGGCUUCAGGAAGUCAAGAUUCAGUCAUUUGUGUGAUACUGUGCAGAAAAGCCCUUUUUGUGAUAACGAUGGAUCUGAACAUCAGGCGGCACUUAAGCUGCAGAAGUUCUAUAAAAGUUUUCGGACAAGAAGACAGCUUGCAGAUUGUGCUGUUCUGGUGGAGCAGAGAUGGUGGAAGUUGUUGGAUUUUGCUAUGCUCCGAAGGAGUUCGAUAUCUUUUUUCGACAUUGAGAAACCAGAAUCUGCUGUUUCUCGAUGGUCUAGAGCAAGAACCAGGGCUGCUAAGGUUGGUAAAGGCUUAUCAAAGGAUGAGAAAGCUCAAAAGCUAGCGCGGCAGCAUUGGCUUGAAGCAAUUGAUCCUCGUCAUCGUUAUGGUCAUAAUCUCUACAUCUACUAUGAUUGUUGGCUCCAAUGCGAGAGCAAGCAACCUUUCUUCUACUGGUUGGAUGUGGGUGAGGGGAAAGAGGUCAAUCUAGAAGAACAGUGCCCUCGCUCAAAACUUCAGAAGCAGUGCAUCAAAUAUCUUGGACCGAAUGAAAGGGAGAAAUACGAAGUUAUAGUUGACGAUGGUAAGUUCUUAUACAAGAUAAGCAGGCAAUUCCUUGACACAUCUGAAAGCUCCAAGGGCACCAAGUGGAUUUUUGUUCUAAGUACAACAAAGGCUUUGUAUGUUGGCCAGAAGAAGAAGGGAGUAUUUCAGCAUUCAAGUUUCUUGGCAGGAGGAGCUACAUCUUCUGCAGGACGACUGGUUGUAGAAAAAGGAAUUUUGAAGGCUGCCUGGCCUCACAGUGGCCACUAUCGUCCGACAGAAAAACACUUUCAGGAGUUCAUGAACUUUCUGAAGGAAAACAAUGUUAAUAUCAGUGAUGUUAAGAAAUGUCCAGCUGAAGGUGACGAGGAAUCAGGAAAUUUGGUUGGGAGCAACACAUUAAUGACAAGCAAUUGGUCAGAAGAUGACCUAACAAAGAAGAGCUUCUUAUUGGAGGACGUUGAGAACAGACAGAGGAAAUACCGGGCGCCUGCUGGACUAACUAAUAUUGAAAUACCAGAAAGAUUGGAUCCAUUCAGAGGAUGCAAUGCAAUGGCAAUGAACUUCGGUAACAUCCCAAAUGGAUCAAUAUCUGGGAUGUGUGAAAAGAUAGCGAAAAGAUCAUCCCAAAUGGAUGAGCAGCCUUCAAAGCCAAACAAGCAGCUAAAGGUCAAUAAUAACAAGGUAGACAAUGAGGGAAGCUCUGACAUAGAAACAAAUAAUAGAACAUCAGUUGAUGAAAGUGAAGAGGUGGAAGGUCCAUAUACUUGCAUGGUUAAGCAAAAUCUUUUUGACAGCCAUGAAAUAGAGAAGGAUUUUGUGCCUCAAGAACAGAUAUUUGACAGGAUCAAUGACAAGAAUGGAUUUAAUCCUUGUCAACUGGGGAAAAAGAUAUCCUUCAGAUGGACAACUGGUGCAGGACGUCGCAUUGGCUGUGUAAGGGACUACCCGUCGCCUCUGCAGUUUCGUGCUCUUGAACAAGUAAACUUGUCUCCUCGAGAUACCGGAGGCUCUGAGCAGAUUCCAUCAAGUCCAUUGUCUCAGUUAAAAGAGAUAUCUUCAGGCACAAAGCGUGCAGAGAGAGCAUUAGAAACAAUGCAAUGAUAAAUAGACGAGACCAAUGACUUCCAAUUAUCAAAUCUGAUGUGUAUAUAUAAGAUAAGAUGAAUGGGUUGUUGCUUUUGUUUUUGUAUAUGUUGUAAAGAAACGCAUUAUACAAUUGCACUGA